AUGAGUGUACCUUCCGUUGCUUAUGCUUUACAAAAUAAUCUGGACUUCAUCGCGCUUUCUCAUCUCGAUGCUGGAUUAUACCAGGUCACGACGCAACUGAAAGUGUUCACUACUGCGAUAUUCAUGAUGCUGUUCCUCGGGCGGAAGUUCUCGCGAACUAGAUGGGCGGCUAUACUCCUUCUUUUCUUUGGUGUCGCUGCUGUUCAGCUCAACAAUGCUCACGACACUAAUCAGGAAAAGAAGGGAAAUUAUCUCAUAGGAAUUUCGGCGGUUCUCGCCACGUGCAUUACAGCCGGAUUUGCGGGUGUAUACUUCGAAAUGAUGCUCAAAGGAAGUGGCACAACCCCGUUCUGGAUACGCAAUCUUCAGAUGUACAGUUGCGGCAUGGUAAGCGCGCUUAUCGGUUGUUUGUUUUCUGAAGGUGAUUUGAUAAUCGAACGCGGUUUCUUCUACGGGUACGACAUCAAGGUGUGCGCCAUUGUUGGUGGGUCUUACUCCUAUUAUGUGCAUGUUCUGAUGGCGAAUUACUCGUAG